ACUUUCAAUCACUUUUUUUCUCUCGUUCCUUCUCACAACGGCGCUCUUUAAGCUCCGGUGCGCGAUACAGAGCGGCCAUUCAUUGAAGGGCAAACCAAACGAGGGGGCAGGGGACAGGGCGAGCGUCACACUGGUGGACAGGGGAACGCACGAACUCCCGUGUUGAACGGGCGACCUCCUAAACUCUGCAUUGGCGACAUCGGUGGAAGUGAAUGGGAAGUGCAAAGGACAGGAUUUGGGUACAUUCGAUUACGCACGAGUAGGCUAUGGGUUUACGCGAGGCAUAUAGGAAUAAUCCCAUAUAAAGGAGCGAGUCCGGAGCACAUCUCUCAGCUGUAGCUUAAAGUUUUGCAUUCUCUGAACAAAUUUACCAAAUUUUCCUGCAAGGAUAUUUUUUGUUGCCAAUCGAUAAUAGCCUAUACAUUAAAAUGUCUGGAGAGGAGCACAGUCUAUCCGAGGCAGAGUUGAGUCCCGGGGGCUCAGAUGAUGGUCACUCUCUGUCACCGGCACACUCCGGGGCCACCGGCGGCCGGGACUCCCCGCUCAUCGGUCCGUCGCAGCAACUGACGGGGCUUUCUGGCGCAGAUGGCGGCGGAGAGGACGGUGGACUAGUACCAAAGUCAGAGGUGGAUAUGGACCGAUUCCCCAUCGGCAUCCGCGAGGCGGUCAGCCAGGUGCUGGACGGAUACGACUGGACGCUCGUGCCCAUGCCCGUGCGCGUAAACAACGGGAACAAGAGCAAGCCGCACGUGAAGAGACCGAUGAACGCCUUCAUGGUGUGGGCGCAGGCCGCGCGCCGUAAACUGGCGGACCAGUACCCUCACCUGCACAACGCGGAGCUCAGCAAGACACUUGGCAAACUGUGGAGGCUCCUGAAUGAGAGUGACAAGAGGCCUUUCAUUGAGGAGGCGGAGCGACUGCGGAAACAACAUAAGAAGGACUACCCAGAGUACAAGUACCAGCCCCGCAGACGCAAGAAUGGCAAGCUGGGGACCAAUGGUGAGGGAGGGGAGGGAGCAGAGGGGGAGGGCAGCCACGCCCAGUCCCAUUACAAGGCCCUCCACCUGGAUGUGCACAGUACAGGGGCUGGGUCCCCCCUGGCCGACCUCCACCACCAUCAUCACCACCACCCUGCAGGUCAGGGUCACAGCCCGCCAACACCCCCCACCACCCCAAAGACAGAGCUCCAGUCUGGAAAGAUGACGGAGGGGAAGAGGGAGGGCGGAGGUGGCUCAGGGUCCUCCCGUGGAGGAGGCCUGGGGGUAGGAGCAGAGGGGGCCUCCGGGGGCCAUUCAUCAGCGGGCGGGAAACCCCACAUCGACUUCUGCACCAUGGACAUCGGCGAGAUCAGCCACGACGUGAUGGCCAACAUUGAGCCCUUCGACGUCAACGAGUUUGACCAGUACCUGCCGCCCAACGGGCACCCGGGGGUUGGCCAGGGAGGCGCCGCCACAUCAAGCUCCUCCGCUACAUCCUACGCCUACGCUCUCGCUGCUGCCAGCGGCCACUCAGCCGCCUGGCUCUCCAAGCAGCAUCAGCAUCAACAGCCCUCCCCCUCUGCCUCAGACGCCACCAAGGCCCAGAUCAAGAGUGAGUCCGGGGCCGGGAGCCACUACGCAGAGUCUUCCUCCUCUUCGUCAGGAACCCACGUCACCUACACCCCCCUCAGCCUCCCCCACUACGGAUCAGCCUUCCCCUCGCUGCCCUCCAGGGCCCAGUUUGAGUACGGGGAGCACCAGGCUCCGGGGCCGUACUACGCCCACUCCAGCCAGGCCCCGGGGCUGUACUCAGCCUUCUCCUACAUGGGGCCCAGCCAGAGGCCCCUCUACACUACCAUCACUGACCCCUCCAGCGUGGCCCAGUCUCACAGUCCUACACAUUGGGAGCAGCCAGUCUAUACCACCCUGUCACGGCCAUGAGAGACUGAGAUGCAUGGGAUCGGAUGUGUGUGUGUGUGUGUGUGUGUCUCUACACCACCUUCUCACGACCCUGAGAAAGGGAUAAAGAAAGACAAAGAUUGGAAGGGUGUAGGGUGGCUACUGAAUAUGUGUGUGUGUGUGUGUGUGUGUGUGUGUGGCAGGUUAACAAAGGAUGGAUAUCUUACUGUAUUGGGAUUCAUUGGGACUUGACAGUGUAUCUCUAUCCAUGGAGUCCUUAUAAUCUUUUACUGUACAGUAUAUUUUCUAUCACAGCCAAUGGUCAAUAGCCAAUCAGAAUAAACCUUUAACCAAUGUGUGCCAUGUUUUAGUGUGUAAGGUCAGGAUCCCAGCUGCCAGAGUGUCAUAGUGUAUAGUAAGAGGGCUUAUUGUGAUGAUGAGCCCAGAGCACACAGAACUAAUACCGUAGUGGUAAGAAGGAUACACACAGGGUUUCAAAAUGCUGCUAACUUCCCCAAAAUUCCCCGGUUUUCCAGAAAUCCUAUUUGGAAGUUCCUGGAAUUAGGAGGGAAUAAGCAGGAUAUCCAGGAAUCCUCUUACUGGGAUUUCUGGAAAACUGGGGAAUUUGGGGGAAAGUUAAUGGAAUUUUUCCAACCCUAGCUACCUAUAUAACAAAGUUUGAGUAACAUUGCCGGCAAGGACUGGCUUUCAGCGGGUUUCGACAGGCUAUCAGCCUAGGACAAAUACAACAUGAUGUUUAUCAGAACUGGGUUGUUUUAGAUUGAAAUAAUCCGAUUCUAUUAACCAAACUAAAGGAAAUGUUUGUGUGACUUCAUUUUAGUAUUUUUUUAAUGACUUAAGUGAUGUAUUUUGUGGUUAUUUUUUAUAUGACUUUACAUUCUGGUUCGAUGUUACACUGACACAUCUCCACCACUGCUUUUGAAAGAAAGGUCAGUUUACUUGGGCAAAAACGUUAUGUGUUGGUCCACGGGCGUCAGGUAGCCUAGCCGUUAAGUGCAUUAGGCCAGUAACUGAAAGGUUGCCGGUUCGAAACACUGAGCCGGCGUGGUGGAAAAAUCUUCUAUUCUGCCCUUGAGCAAGGCAGUUAACCUGCAACAACUAUUCCCCGGGCGCCAUGGACGUCGAUUAAGGCAGCCCCCACUGCACAUCUCUGAUUCAAAGGGUUUGGGUUAGAUGUGGAAGACACGGUUGAAUGCGUUCAGUUUGUGCAACUGACUAGGUAUCACCUUCUGGGAUGCAGCUUGACUCCUUAUGUGUUGCGUUGUGUGAAACCAGAGUUGACGAGGAAAGAGGACAAAAAAAGGAGGGAAAGAGAAUUCCUGGAAACACUUUAGAAUAGAGUUCUGGAAAGCAGCACAUUACCUCAACUCAAUGUACAUGUGCCAAUAACACUCUACAUGCUCUAAUAUCCUCGAUGAGAAUAUAAUGGCACACAUUUUGCUUAUACUACUCAUAAAUAAUAAAACUAUUGUUGAAGUCACUGGAUUGUUUAUUUUAUUGAUAUGGAUUGCAUUUGUACGCUCUGGUUGCUUCCAAUUCCAUUUGUCUACCAAAUGAUCAAAGCAAAACAAUCUACAUGACUCAGCAAGUACAAAGUUGGCAAAAUCCUUUUUGUGAAGAAUUCUCCAGCUUUAAACUAAAGGUUUACUCUUAGUGAGAAUUAGUGUUUAGAACAAAUAACACAUGCUAUAGUUUAUGUACAUAGGUUUUCCCUCUGCAUCUCCCUUUUCUGUAUCCUGUUUCAUGUCCCUCUCGGCUCCCUCUGCAAUGUGAAUGAUCACCACAUGCCUCUUCU